AUGGCUGUCCGUGACAGGCCAUUCGAGAGAACUGUAACCCUUCACAAAGACUCCCUCGGUCAUGUUGGUUUUCAAUUCAAGGAUGGAAAUAUUGUGGGGCUUGUGAAAGAUUCAUCGGCAGCACGCAAUGGCCUGUUGACAGAUCAUCAGUUAUUGGAAAUAAACACUAUAAAUGUGGUCGGCAUGAAAGAUAAAGAGAUAUCAAGGGUUAUUGAAGCUAGCCCAUCUGUUGUAAACAUAACUAUAAUUCCGCAAUAUAUUUACAAGCAUAUGAUAAGCAAAAUGUCGAGUUCAUUGUUCAAGGAGCUUGAUCGUACACCUGCAGUGUAA